AUGCCGGUGUUGCAAUGGGCCUAUGGCCUUGAUAAACCAAGCUAUGUUGAUGUUUUAAGACUGUCAGAGUUGAGGUCACAGUCGAGGGAUGACAAAUUUAAUUGGGCUUCUGACUCGGGUUUUUGCAUUAUAGUGGGGUCGUUUUGGUAUUGUGACUUUAGUAUCUUUUGCUAUGGACCUUCCCUCCCAGCUCCGAUAGGAUCAGUAGCUUCGAAAAUAUCAGAACUUCGGAAAUCCUUCUAUGCAUGGGAGCUCCCUUCAGAUCUUUUAUUGUCAGGCCAUGAGUGCCAUUGCGAAAGCUGUCUUGUAAAAGAAGAGUUUUCAAAAGACGCUCUUCCUGAAUGGAUUGAUUGGCAGCAGAAGAAAGAAAUUGUUUUGGGCUUCGGCAUUGUAAACAAAGAUCUGUCUGCUCUGCUUUCUGAGCCAGAUGAAUUUGGUGGUUUUACAUUGAUAAGGCUUAUGUCCUCAGGGAAGCGUGAAUUACAGAGAUAUUGUGCAUCAUCAUCUCCUACUACAAGUGUUUUAAAUGACAUUAGCUUGCCCGCAAGCAUACACGAGGUUGUUUUGAAGAGAUUGUGGUCAGACUUGCCCAUUGAGCUUCUGCAACUGGCCUUUUCUAACAACUCUGAAAUCCUUGAAGUGCUUGUGGACAAAAAUAGGGUGGCUUUGGAAUUCUCUGUAGUACCAGACCUAUCUCAGUUGCCUCCUUUCAUUUUAAGGAAGUCUUCACGCCGCAGCAAUAAGUGGUCACAGAAACUGCAACCUGGUGAUGCCCUUGUGGGUCCAGUUCUUCCUCUUCCUGUAGAUUUUCAGCAGAGGCAGAAAUCAAUCACAGCUGUGAUGAGGUCAUAUCAGCCAGUUGCGGCUAAAGGAUCUCCAAUGGAUCAUACACGGGGCAAAUCUGUUUAUAAGGAUGACAGGUUUGACACCUUAAUUUCUAAAGUGUCUGAUAAGAAGCAUGUAUCCAACGACAAUCAGGAUAAUGUCGGACUAGAACUAUUUGAUGAUCUUUGCCCUGUAGAGUUGAGAUUUGAUGCUUGUUCCUUGAAGUUUGAACAGAAGGAAUGGGAGGCAUAUUGUAAAUUGAAGGGGGAAUUCUUAAAAUGGCAAAAGAGCUUUGACUUGUAUCAAGAAUUCUGCUCUCGUAUUGAAUCAAAAAGCUCAUAA